AUGGAGAAGGCAAUAUUCGACGGAAACUACUCACCUCCGAGUCCCAGCUCUCCAGGACGUUCCCCUGAUUUCGCUCCAUCACGUCCCGCUGCUAGCUCUCCAUCAUCGGGAGGAAAGAAAUCGUCAUCGGCCAUCUCUUCUAUGACUUCUGAUGACAUGCUUUCAUCUGAUGCCUUGCCAGAAAAUGAAGCCCCUGACACGUUACUCCGUUUUGCCACCAGAAGCGUGGUGCGCGGGGCCUACUGCGUGUGCAAGAACGAAUACAUGAAAACGCAUCAUGUCAUUGAGAAGACCUUCAGACAAAUUUUCAUUCAAACAAAUGUGUAUUUGGAAGAACUUUCCAUUGUGAACAUGGAAUGGAAAGACACUCCCAAUCACACCAAUGAGGAAAGCGAUGAAGACUCUAUGAUGAUAGAGGCUGCAACAACUAAGGCUCUCAGCAUGUUGGGUGCUAAUGUCACGAAGGAGGAUGCGGACGGCCUUGGAAAAAAGAUCUUCAAAGAUUACUUGGUGGCGGGUGCUGAAGAAGAACAAACUUGA